GCAAAAGACAGGAGGCAUGAAUGGAGGGCAGGAAAGCAGAUGCAUUUCACAGAAUUUUUCUAACACCCAGUAAGUGCUAUUUUCAGAGCUUUUUUUUUUUUUUCCCCCUCCACAGACCCUUCUGAGUUUUGAGUGCCGUAUUUUUGGGUGUGGGCAGAGGAAAUGGCCCUGAGGAGCUGUGGACGGAGCAGAGCCUCCCCCCUCGGGCACCGCCCAGGGGAGAGCCCCAUGGGAUGGGGAGAGGACGGGGCAGUCAGGCAAAAGGUUAGGGGAGGAAAGCAAAGGCAGAGGCCCAGAACGGCUCCAGGAAAUGUUUGUAUUUCUCCACCGGGAGGGAGGACAAACAAGCUUUUCUCGUGCCUUCUGGGCAGCUUUGCACGCUCCCCAGCACAGGAGUCUGCACAGCCGGAGUGGGGCUGGAAAGAAAAACCGUCCUGGGGCUGGACCCAGCGCCCGCUCUAGGGCAUGCAUCUCCCCAGACCCGCCGGCCGCUCCCCAGAAAUGACCACUUGCCUGUCAAAGCCCGGCCGUGCUCCAUGCUUCACCUGCAGGGGAGACAGGUAGCGUGGGACAGCCUGCCCAGAAGGGGCCUCCGGGAGUCUCUCAUCUCCUGGCUGAAGUCCAAGGUCGCCUAGCGGUGGCUGCGUCCACCCACACGUGCAGUCGGGACCCGCGGAGGCCAGGGGUGAAGGAGUCAGAAAACCAGCGGCCAGGUGAGUGGGUGGCAUUCAGGGAGCAUCUGUGUCUUUGCGGGGGGAGGCUCCCGGGGCCACCCGGCCCGUCCUCUGUCCACCAUGGACAACGGCUCGUGCUGCCUCAUCGAGGGGAACCCCAUCUCUCAGGUGAUGCCGCCGCUGCUGAUCCUGGCCUUCGUGCUUGGCGCGCUGGGCAACGGUGUCGCCCUGUGUGGUUUCUGCUUUUACAUGAAGACCUGGAAGCCGAGCACCAUUUACCUUUUCAACUUGGCCGUGGCCGACUUCCUUCUCAUGAUCUGCCUGCCCUUCAGGACGGACUACUACUGGAGACACAGGCAGUGGGCCUUCGAGGACAUCCCGUGUCGGGUGGCCCUCUUCAUGCUGGCCAUGAACAGGGCGGGGAGCAUCCUCUUCCUCACGGUGGUGGCCGUGGACAGGUACUUCAAAGUGGUCCACCCCCACCACGCGGUGAACGCCAUCUCCAACCGGACCGCAGCUGGCAUCGUCUGUGCCCUUUGGGCCAUGGUCAUCCUGGGGACUGUCUAUCUUUUGAUGGAGAACCAUCUGUGCGUGGAUGAGAAGACCAUAUCCUGUGAGAGCUUCAUCAUGGAGUCGGCCAACGGCUGGCACGACAUCAUGUUCCAGCUGGAGUUUUUCCUGCCCCUCGCCAUCAUCCUCUUCUGCUCCUUCAAGAUCGUUUGGAGCCUGAGGCAGAGGCGGCGGCUGGCCAGGCAGACCCGGAUGAAGAAGGCCACCCGGUUCAUCAUGGUGGUGGCCGUGGUGUUCGUCACGUGUUACCUGCCCAGCGUGUCGGCCAGACUCUACUUCCUCUGGACGGUGCCCUCGAGCGCCUGCGACCCCUCUGUCCACGUAGCCCUCCACGUCACCCUCAGCUUCACCUACAUGAACAGCAUGCUGGACCCCUUGGUGUAUUAUUUUUCGAGUCCCUCGUUCCCCAAGUUCUACACCAAGCUCAAAAUCCGCAGCUUGAGACCCAAGAGGCCAGGACGCUCCGAGACCCAGAGCCCGGAAGAGAUGCCAAUUUCAAGCCUCUGUCGCAAGAGUUGUGUCAGCGUGGCCAACAGCGUCCAGAGCCAAUCCAACGGGCAGUAAGAUCUCCAAAUGUGCGGGAUGACCCUGAAACAGGCAGACAGACAAAACCAGGGAGGACAGACCGAUGACCUAGAAAGAGUUUGUGCUAAGGGGCUGAGAGGCUUUUGAAAAUACCGCCCGCCCUUAGCUGUAUCCUCUCGCUCUGUCUGGAAACGGAAUGCAGGUUACUAUGCCUUUUUGGAAGGUUCCAACUGAGGAGUGAGUCAGUUGCCUUUCUAUGACCCGACUGCAAUGACGGGACAAGAUGGGCAUGAAAUGGGGCAUGUGUGUAUCGGGUGGGGCGAUGGGAAAAGCUCGGCUCCUGUGUGGUUUGAAACGGCUGAGUAAAAGGCGUCAGCAUGGAAACAGUCAUGUUCUCUCUCUAGGGGAGUCGGGGAACUUAAUGACUUAGCGGUAUUUCCUAACCUCUGACCUUACGUCGUUACUCGUUUUAGAAAGCAGACACCAGAGUAAGUCAGUAUUUCAGGCUGAGUGAGGCUCAUUAGAGGGGAUGUCUUGACCCUGGUGACUGUCAUCCUCACAGGGCCCCUGGGUAGAGUUCUGAUUUCUGGGUAGCCCGGGAAGAUCUGCUCUGACCUUCUCAGAGCUCCACAUUUUUCUGCAAGUCUUUGGAUUUCAAAGAAGGUCCUGGGGGCUGUGUUUACCUGCCCUCAUUUUUCCGGUGGGGGGGGAUGGGUAGCUGAGUGCUUGGAAAAAGUCCCGCUGGCCUUUGGGAAGUGCUGAGUUCGGUGUGAUUGUUUUGGCCACUUGUUACAGGACUGUGAGUUGAGAUUACUUAUUCAUUCAUUCUCCAAGUGUCUGCUGAACGCAUAUUCUGUGCUGAGCACCUGCUAGUAUCCCUUUUACCUGGGGGGGGUCCUUAGUCAAUUCCUGUGUGACCGUGACCGCUAAGUUUUCGGGGGGAGGGCAGACAGUUUAACCCUCUCACCCUCUCACCCUCUCGGUGAAUAUAGUUUCUAGACCAUGUUCGUGGCAAACAUCAGUGUAUUCCUCUUGAUGAUUCUAUGGACUGAAAAGCUGCCUCUACCCUGUAUUAUGGGGAGGGCGUCCAAACCAAUCCUUGCUUUGUUCUCAAGCCACAAGAGUGCUGAAAAUCGCUCUUGGCUCUUUGGUUUACAUUUCUCCGAUUUCCAGAGUACUCUCUGCAGCAGAUGACCUUCCCAGCUUUUAGUUCUCUGGGCCUCGAAACACUCCUUUCGGCUGUCUUUUUAAUUGUUUUGCAGAGGAACCUCACAGCCCAGCGAGGAAAAGUAUGGGCUCUGGAAAGUCCGACAAAGCUAACUUUGAAUCCCAGCUCGACCGCUGACUAGGUGUGUGAUCUGGGGGAAGGUUUUAUUUCAACACUCAGCUUCCAUUUCCUCAUAUGUGAAACAGAAGGAACAAGAGUGCGGAUUUCAAGAGAUUGGUGGGCAGAUUCCAGGAACGUGAGCUCCCGAAGUGUAGGGGUUCUGUUCACUGUUCCGUCCUCCCCAGGGCCUAGAAGUAUGCCCGCGCAUAGUAGGUGCUCCAUAAAUAUCUGAAUGAAUAAUCAUGAGUAGGUAGAGCAUGAAGCUUUGUGCCUGGCAGGAGAGAAUGUGAUGACUUCUGACAUCCACGCAGUUUGGAUACAAAGUUGCUGAGGCAUAAAGCCCGUUUCCCUUGGGGUUCAGAGUCCCCGAUUAGUUGCUCUGUCAUCAUUACCUGAAUUGCCCCGCUCCCCAGCUGCCUGGGGAGGAGGGAAAGCAGGAUUCUUACACGCUCAUAUUCUUAUAUGCUUAUAUUCAUAUAUGCUCCUGAAAGAAAUCUGUGGAAGCCCACGCUUCUGCUUUGGCUCCUAUCCCUGCUCAUGAUUCUUUCCCGGACGGCUCCUCCUUUUUCGCUUCAUGUGAAUAAAACCAGUUUCCAAAACAAGGCCUUGUUCUUGCUGUCUGUGAUUCCUAAGACUUUACCCUUCCAGGAAAAAAGUAUAAAAAAAUCCAGAAGCUCAGGGCAGGCAGAGGUUCUCAUGAAAAAAAACAGCAAGAACAAACAAAAAAGGGGGAAAAAAAAAGAAAAACCCAAACACAGCUUAGGCUCUGCUUUCGCCUCCCUUUUUAAAUUCACAG